AAAAAAAAAAAGAUACCUCCGUUCACUCCACAGUUGGAUGGUGUCUCCCCCUUUCAGGAAUGUAUAUCCGUAUCAAAUCAGCUUCAAGCUGGUCGUUCACAACUCCAAUCAUUCACUGCCUCACAUAGUCACUGAGAGCCUUCUCUACGCAGCCGUCAAGCUCCUUCCUCCUUCCACGGAGAGAGAGAGAGAAGGGGGAGAGAAAUUGAUAGGCCAUGGAAGCCAGAAACGUCCUCCGCUUCUCGUUUCUUUUUCUGAGUGUCUCCCUUGUCCUACUUUUCACCUUUGUUCACCUCCCCUACGCUCCGCCACGCAUGACUGACCUCCUUGAUUGUGCCACCAACUCACCGUGGUGCACCUCGAAGAACCGCAUCCAAACCAAACAAACAAACGUCCUCAAAGAGCCUCCGAACCCCAAGCGCCGUCACAACCAUGCGUCAGACACACCCCACCACCCUCUAGACCCCCUGACCAUCCAAGAACUCAAGAAGGUCCGCUCCAUCCUCUCCUCCCACGAGCUCUUCGAGUCUUCCAGCUACUCUCUCCACUCGGUCGACCUCGAGGAGCCCGAGAAACCGCUCGUCCUGAAAUGGAAAAAGGGCGACCCCUUGUUACCCAGAAAGGCCUCUGUUGUGGCACGUGUCCGCGGCAAGUCACACGUGUUGACCGUCGACCUCGGUACCGGCCAUGUGGCCGUGCGAGAAUCCGGCUUGCACUCCGGCUACCCCAUGAUGACGAUGGAGGACAUGACCCUGUCUACGUUUGCCCCGCUCGCCAACGCGGACUUCAACCGCACGAUUGUCCAGCGAGGAAUUGAUCUUGCGGACCUCGCGUGCCUGCCGAUUUCGACGGGGUGGUACGGGACGCCUGAGGAGAACAGGAGGUUGAUUAAGGUACAGUGCUAUUCCAUGGAGGGCACUGUGAACUUCUACAUGAGACCAAUCGAAGGGUUGACCGUGCUCCUUGACCUGGACACCAAACAAGUGGUGGAGAUAUCGGAUAAGGGCAGGGAGAUACCAAUUCCAAAGGCCGCUAACACAGACUAUCGUUAUUCAGUUCAGGAGCUCCAUCAGGCAAUGAACCCACUGAACCCGAUAUCCAUUGAGCAACCGAAGGGUCCGAGUUUUACCAUCGAAGACGAGCACCUAGUCAAAUGGGCAAACUGGGAAUUUCACCUGAAACCCGACGCGAGAGCCGGCGUGAUAGUUUCUCGGGCCAAGGUCCUGGACCCAGAUACCGGGGAGCUAAGGGACGUGAUGUACAAAGGCUUUACUUCUGAAUUGUUUGUUCCUUACAUGGACCCCACCGAUGCAUGGUAUUUCAAGACUUAUAUGGAUGCAGGUGAAUACGGUUUCGGGUUGCAAGCCAUGCCGCUCGACCCGCUUAACGAUUGUCCACGGAACGCGUAUUACAUGGACGGUGUGUUUGCGGCAGGUGAUGGGACACCGUACGUUCGAUCGAACAUGAUCUGCGUGUUCGAGAGCUAUGCCGGCGACAUCGGUUGGCGCCACUCGGAGAGUCCGAUCACGGGUAUGGAGAUUAGAGAAGUGAGGCCAAAGGUGACGUUGGUGGUUAGAAUGGCAGCAUCGGUCGCAAACUAUGAUUACAUUGUUGAUUGGGAGUUCCAAACAGAUGGGCUAAUCAGAGUUAAGGUUGGACUUAGUGGUAUUUUGAUGGUGAAAGGUACCUCCUACAACCACAUUAACCAAAUUCCCAACCAAGAAAAUCUCUAUGGCACUCUUUUGUCAGAAAAUGUAAUUGGGGUUAUCCAUGACCACUACGUCACAUUCUAUCUCGAUAUGGAUAUCGAUGGCUCAGACAAUUCCUUUGUUAAUGUAAAUAUUAAGAGGCAGCAGACAUCGCCGGGUGAAUCACCGAGGAAAAGCUACUUGAAAGCCGUAAGAAACGUGGCUAAGACUGAGAAGGAUGCGCAAAUUAAGCUUAAACUCUAUGACCCAUCUGAGUUCCAUGUGAUUAACCCUUCAAAGAAGACACGGGUUGGGAACCCGGUUGGAUAUAAGGUUGUUCCUGGUGGCACAGCUGCUAGUUUGCUUGAUCUUGAAGACCCUGCACAAAAACGGGGUGCUUUUACAAACAACCAAAUAUGGGUCACUCCCUACAAUCAAAGUGAGCAAUGGGCAGGUGGAUUGUUUGUUUACCAGAGCCAUGGCGAAGACACUCUGGCAACAUGGUCUGACAGGGAUCGGCCAAUUGAGAAUAAGGACAUUGUUCUAUGGUACACACUAGGCUUCCAUCACAUUCCAUGUCAGGAGGAUUUCCCUAUUAUGCCAACUGUGUCAUCAAGCUUUGAUCUAAAGCCGGUAAAUUUCUUUGAGAGCAACCCUAUUCUUCGCUUCCCACCUAAUGUCGAGAAGGAUCUCCCUGUUUGCAAGCCUGCUGCUUCUGUCUGAACUUUUGAGGAAGUAAUGUUGAGAAGGAUCUCCCUGUUUGCAAGUCUGCUGCUUCAGUUUCAACUUUGAGGAAGUAGUUCUUGGUCUAUGUUAUUAAUUAUGUAAAUGUUAAGUAGCAUAGCAGUACAACUUGGUGUAUCCAUAUGCUACUUAUUUUCAGAAUUCAAUAAAUACGAAGUAGCAUAUCCAUAUGUAUAUAUUUUCCUAAUUUUAUAAAUAAAUGAUUGCUAUC